GUUGCAAUUUUGCAAAUUCACAACACAAGACCAAUUGAAACAUUUCAAAAAAAAUUAGGGGAGGAAAGGGGAAUCUCCAGGAGGAGUGGGAACACUCGAUGACUCGAGAAACCCGGUGACUCGUGAACAAGAGGCCUCGCCAAAGGUGCAAAAGCUUUCAGAUGAACUAAUUCCAGUAGACCAAGGACACUGACACCUGGGUAUGCAGGAAACUCACGCUGUGGAACACGUCCACGCGCGAUACUAGGCUGCUUUCGGCCGGCGUCCGGUCCACCACUCCUCUAGUCCUCUGGUUCGAGCCCUUCUCUGGCCUCUGCGUGCACCCAAUCCACAUGAACCGCACCCGACGACGGAGCCCGUAAAUCCCUCUCCCCUCUCUCCGGCGCUCGCUCGCCGCCAUGCCGCUCCACCGCCUCCUAGCAGCUGUCUCCGCCCGCGGCUUCCGCCGCUCCCUCUCCACGGCCGCGGCAGCCACGGAUUCGCGCCGGGGGGCCUCGUGGACGUGGUACUUGCUGGAUAAGACGACGAUGGCCGCCGGGUCGGCGCCGGCCCCGGAAGUGUCGUUCGACAGCCCUCCGAGCCUCUCCCAGCUCCACGUGCCCGAGCACCUCGCCAAGCACAGCUGCGGCCUCCCGCUGCCGGACCCCGAUGACGACGUCGUGCGGUUGCUCGCCUGCAAGGCCUGCUGCUCUAGCCAGGACGGCCUCCUCCUCCUCAACAUCCAUGACAUCCGCGUCGCGGCUACCAUCGUCGCUAGGCAGGGCGCCGAGCAGGGCGGCGACCGUGUUCGCCAAUUCACCGGCCUCGCCGACCUCAGCCAGCUCCCCGGCAUGUCGCACUAUGUCUUCAACCCUUGCAACCGCGAGAUUUCGUCCUGUCUCCCGGAAAUCGAGGGCCCGAAGAAGAUCCUGGCCGGCUUCAACCUGGGGCUCCUCACGCGGGCUGGUUCCGGGGGGUUCGGGCCACCGGACAGGUACGCCGUGGCCGAGAUGGAGGGUCGCCUGAUGCUCCGGUUUCUCUCGGAAACAGGGGAGUGGGAGAUUUUGGAGGGCUCGCGGUGCCAGCUCCCGGCUGGUCGGCCGCGGUUGUUGCCGAACCAGGAGGCGGUGGCCUGGAAUGGCAAGUUGUGGUGGGUGGACCUGACCUUCGGCGCCAUCUGCGCCGACCCGUUCAGCGACCGGCCGGAGCCCCGUUUCGUCCAGCUGCCGAGCGGGAGCAUGCUGCCUGCGCACAUACACGAGAAAGGAGUCGACGAAGUGGUCCGCCGAGCACUCAAUUUCAACCUUGAGGGUUCCAUCCUGGAGCCGCACAUGUACCGGCGCGUGGGGGUCAGCGGGGGAUGGCUGCGGUACGUCGAGGUGUCCCACAAGGAGCCAUUCGUGCUCAGCUCCUUCAAGCUCGACGCUGACGGUAGCGGCUGGACGCUGGAGCACCGCGUGGCACUCAGCAAGCUUUGGGCGGAUGGAGGCCACCCAUGGCUCCCCUAGCAGGGGGAGACGACGCCGCAGAUCGGUGCUCUCGACCUGGCUGAGGCCAAUGUCAUGUACAUCAAUGUCGGCAAGCACAUCGUCUGCGUGGACAUGCACAAGGGGGUGGUUACGGGGCAUUCUCCGGUUGGAGGGAACAACGAUGCUUUACCUUGUAUCAUUACACCUUGGCUUCCAACAACCCGGAUCCCAGGCAAGAAGGAUGCCACAAAAAAGAAUACAUUGGCAGAUGUUCUGGUUCGUUCGGACAGACGCCAGGAGAAAUGAAGGGAUGCACAGGAAUGACACCCUUGAGGACAACAAGAUGCUAGGGACAGUGGCGUCAGUCUAUUGGCGAGGGGUGAUGGACAUAAUGGGGUGGUUUCAUGUCUUGAUGCAACGAUGUUGCUCUCUUGGGUGAGCUGUAAUAGGAUAUCUGGUUUGCUGUUUUCCCAGAGUGUGACCGCACCUGAGGUUACGAUAAACUUGGUCCCUUUCAGGCUACCAAACUGUUAGAUUUCCGGUGCAAACUCUGAACCCUGAAACCGAACCUUUUUUGUUCUGUUAUGCAAGAGUAAUGGGAUCUUAGUUAUGGCUCAA